GUUGAGCGCACACGCCGCUCUCUCCACUACAUCGCACCACUGCGGUAGGAGCGGGGAAGGCAGCAGCAGAGGGGGACCCCGGAGGCACAGUUCACUUGUCCCUGCACGGAAACAAGUCCAGGUGGUCUCUCUGCCGACUUUAUCACAGAGGAGGACUUUACCUGAGAGGAAGCAACAGCUCCCAGGGCAAUCUUGCAGCCCAGCGAGAGCGAAGGAGGGAGAACUUUUGGCUAUUGCUUUUUUUUCUUUCUAUACCACACCUGCUUAACCUUGGAAGUCAGACCUGUUUAUUGUGAGAGGAUGGGACUGCUACUCCUCUCCAUCGCCCUGUGUUUGGGCACCGCUGUCCCGCAUGAUGUGAAAGCAGCAGAUGGUGAGGAACCAACUUCAGCAGGCCCGUGCCAUCCAAACCCUUGCCACAACAGAGGAACAUGUGAGAUCAGUGAGACCUACAGGGGUGACACUUUUAUUGGUUACGUCUGCAAGUGUCCACCAGGCUUCAGUGGAGUUCAUUGCCAACACAAUAUUAAUGAAUGCGAAAGGGACCCCUGCAAGAACGGGGGCAUUUGCACAGAUCUGGUUGCCAACUAUUCCUGCGACUGCCCAGGGGAGUACAUGGGCAGGAACUGUCAAUACAGAUGCUCUGGACCACUGGGCAUGGAGGGAGGUAUAAUCUCCAACCAACAGAUAACAGCCUCUUCCACCCACCGCGCUCUCUUCGGCUUGCAGAAGUGGUACCCGUACUUUGCACGCCUCAACAAGAAGGGCCUGGUCAAUGCCUGGACCGCUGCCGAAAAUGACAGAUGGCCGUGGAUCCAGAUAAACCUGCAGAGGAGAAUGAGGGUCACAGGCCUAAUUACCCAGGGUGCAAAGCGUAUCGGCAGCCCGGAGUACGUCAAGUCUUACAAAGUAGCCUAUAGCGAUGACGGGAAGACCUGGAGAACAUACAAAGUCAAGGGCAAAGAUGAUGACAUGAUUUUCCGAGGAAACGUCGAUAACAACGCUCCGUCAGCCAACUCCUUCACUCCUCCUAUUGAAGCCCAGUACGUGCGCAUUUACCCCCAAGUCUGCAGGAGGCACUGUACCUUACGCAUGGAGCUGCUCGGCUGUGAGCUAACAGGUUGCUCUGAACCACUGGGAUUGAAGUCGGGCCAUGUGCAGGACUACCAGGUUACGGCCUCCAGCAUCUUCAGGACGCUCAACAUGGACAUGUUCACUUGGGAGCCUGGAAAGGCCCGUUUGGACAAACAGGGCAAGGUCAAUGCCUGGACAGCUGGACACAGUGACCAGUCACAGUGGCUACAGGUGGACCUGCUCGGGCCGACCAAGGUCACAGGUAUCAUCACCCAGGGAGCUAAAGACUUUGGCCAUGUCCAGUUUGUUGGCUCAUACAAACUGGCGUACAGUAAUGAUGGAGAGCGGUGGAAUAUAUAUCAAGACGAGAAACAGGGGAAGGACAAGGUAUUCCAAGGGAACUUUGACAACGACACACACCGAAAGAACGUGAUAGAUCCACCCAUCUACGCUCGGCUCAUCCGGAUCCUCCCCUGGUCAUGGUACGGCAGGAUCACUUUGCGUGCAGAAGUACUCGGAUGCACAGAGGAAGAGUAAAGUCCUGUCUUCCAUCUUUCUUGCCAUUGUCCCCUUGUCCCUUGGCAUACUGGAGUAUCUCACACAGUAUUUCAAAAAUAAACUGUGCAACCUGUAAAAAGAAAUCAAUUUCCAAUGGAUUUUUCAAGAAUACGUGUUUGGUUGUGGUAGGUUGCUGUUUGUUCUUUUUGUACAAUGAUUUAAAACCUGCCCUUGAUCCACUUUUUUGUCUUUUACUUUCCUCUUUAAAAGCGUGAUCUUUGUCUUUUUAUUCUUCUCAAGAUUUACCAUCCUGUUUGGAAUGACCUUCUGUAAUAUAUAUGGGAGUGGUUGGGGUGGGGUGGCGUUGGAGUCGGAGAGGGGUUUUCUCUGUGGUUUUAUCUCGUCGCCAUGGAAGCUAUUAGUACAGUGUCACUUUUUAACAAAGACGUGAAAUCUGUCUGCCGUGCUUCAUUGGACAUAAUUAACCAACUUCUUACCAUAACUAAACGCUCUAAAAUUCCUUGUAGAGAUCACACGUUACCACAUGAUCAAAUGUAUUUUUACUUUGAUUACAACACUUUCUUCGUGCCAUGCUUUUACCCUAAAGAACACUGGCAUUACUACAUGAAUCGAAACACUAUUAAUGCUCUUGUAUUAUAUGUAAAAGACUAAGAAUUGCAUGGUGCGUGAAUUAUAAAUGUAUAUUAUGACAAAUCAUUUAAAACCUCCAGCCCUGAGAGCAAUGGCUUUGAUUUAGGGACCUAUUUUUAUGUGCAUUUUUAAAUAGUUCUGAAACAUUACAACACACUGCAAAAGCUUACUGAAGAUACCUGAUGUGCGAGACAAUAAAAAGGCACUGCAGUUGAAUAUGGUACUGCAGCAUUAACAAUGAGGCUGUCUGCAGUUGAAUUGUCUUAAUGCUCCCAUAAGGAGUUCCAUUUUUUUAUUUGCAUUUGAUUAUUGCUCGAUUUUUCUAAGAUAUUUGGAAUUACUGUUCGUGCUUGUUCUUUUUUUGUAUUUAUUUAGAUUUAUUUGUCUCAGCUGUCAGAUGCAUAAUAUCUGUGUUUAAUGUCUUUGUGUUGUCUUGGAGAUCUAAGUUGUAUCAAUUACAAAGCUCAGGAUAGAUGUCAUUCAUAAUAUUAACGCACUCAUUUUUGGCCACCUAUUUAAAUAUUUCUCUGUAUUAUUAUUUAAAGAAAAUGUCAACUGAGUGAGAGCAAUUAUUUAAAUCAUGUCCACAUAUGCAUAAUUCAAAUAUUAAAAGCCUAUUAACCUUUUAUUUUCCCUAAUCCCUUUGAUUUAAUAAAUACUAAUUGUUAAUUAAAUUCUUCCCUUUUGUUUCUUAAAAGAGAGCAAAUGUUCAAGAUUAAUAAUAUAUUAAUAUAUGUCAUUAUCUCAAACUUACAAUAAACAGUACAGAGCUCUAAACUAAAUAUGAAAUUAAUUAUCCUUGGAUGAGAGAUAAUACAGCAACGAAAUGUAAUUAAUUAAUUGUAGAGCUUGUGGGUAUUUCCACAUGACAUGAUAGCUGCUCUCUGCAUGUUCAAAUGGUUUCAGGGAGCUGGAAAUAUUUAGACACGUUAAGGUUUACAGGGGAUAAAGAUGCAGUUAUGCCAAUCUCAUCAAAAAUAUAUUUCUUUUUUAUGCAGUUUUCACUGUAUGGAUUCUGCUGUUGGCUGCGCCCUGCAGUAAAUGAACAGUAAUGGUUGGCUGGUUGAAUUAAUGCAAGUAAAGAAGUACCUGAGGUAUCGCAGCUGCCCCAUUCUACACGGCUUAAAAAUAGACCUGGAUUACUCUAGUGGUUCCUACUCUUGACUAGUUUUCCCAAAGCUCUCGAGUGCUAGAAUAAGAGCUGAAGGGAGCUGCUUUUAUGCUCUGUGUUUCAAUUACCAGCUUUCAUACAUUUAACCAUCCAAUAAUGUCAUAUUGUAGGAACACCAUGUAUUUGUUCUGAGACUGCAGCCCAGCCUGGAAGAGACAGUACAAAAAAAACCUAUUUAAUUUGAUGCAACCAACCUCCAAGUUAUUUUUGGUUGAGUGGCAUUGUUAUUUUUCAUCACUUUAUAUUCAAUGAAUGAAAUGACAUUCAAAUCGGGAACUUUUUUGGACUUAAUUAUAAAAGCACAGCAAGAGAAAAACACCAAGAAAUUGUGUCAAUGUCCAAAUAUUUCGUCGCUUACUUUAUAUUGUUGUGUCCCACGGCAUUUUCAGCUGUCAUGCCAUCAACAUGGAUGUCGUUGUAGUUGACAAGUAACCGUAAAAACAAAACAAAAAGCAUAUUUAAUUGUUAUCUGGAUGAUUGGAACAGAAGCAUAGCCAAUUGUAUUCUGGUUUGGCAAAUAACACAGGAUAUCUUGGAAAAGAUUACUUGUGUUGCCAAACUUGAUCUGUACAAUGUAAGUUACACUUAAAGACUUUGCUGUAGAUUGCCAAUUUGUGAAAAAUGUUAUUGGUGUGAAUCAGUGACUGUCAUUCCGUAGAUUCAUGGACAAAGGGUAAGCACAAACAGAUAAUUUGUGCACUCUUGUUUAUUGCCAAAUAACUAGAUCUUGGCCGGCAUCUGCUCUGAUUGAUCUUUGUAGUCAGCUUCCUGUCAGCAGGCCUGCUGCAAAGCUUUGAGGAAGUUUGCAUGAUGUAUGAGUUUGAACAGUACAGUAUAACUAAGAUGUCCACAGGCGCAUUAUGUUCUUGCAUAUCAUAAAGAUCUAAUAGCCUUUACUUUGUACUUGCCAUCGAUUGUCGUGUGCAUUGUAAAACUUCAUCUCACAGGUUCAGAAGGGGAGCGGAGUUUAAAACUCAUCCUGUUAUUGUAUUUCUGUGUCCGCUGUUCACAUUAUAUUUCCUACCUCCUCAGUCGAGAGUGUCAAUCACCAUCUGGAAGACAAUACCUGUUAUAACGCUGGUUUAGGUUCAAGCCUGCAAGAGGAGAGUGAGAAACUGUGUACAGUUAAAAAAAAUAUGUUGCUUCAAACAAAAGCUCUUUCAGUUUGACAAAUAAAAACAUAUCUGUGACAAA